AGGGAGAAGGGAAAGUUUGGCCCGUGCGUGGGGCUGGGGUGGAGGGCGGGACAGAGGGGCUGGGCCCGAGGCGAAGCUUCUGUCUCUGCUGCAACGAAGGCCGAGGCCGGGACUUGGGCCGGGCCGGGCCGGGCCGGAGAGUGGGGGGGGCGUCGGAAUUGGAGGCGAGAUCCACCGGAUCCUCGAGCCCCCGCCGCUGCGCCGCGCGGUGACCCCGGUGUCCAGGCGCCGUCGGACCCGCGGCUGAUCCCCAGGCGCUUGGUGGGGGCGCGGCGGCGGCGGCGGUUGGGGGUGGGGAAGCCGCGGCGAGGAGCGGGGAGAGGUCAGCGAGUUUGCGGGAGGACGGAGAGCCGUGCCGCCGCGGUCAUGUCCGAGGACUCGAGCGCCCUGCCCUGGUCCAUCAACAGGGACGAUUACGAGCUGCAGGAGGUGAUCGGGAGUGGAGCAACGGCUGUGGUCCAAGCAGCCUAUUGUGCCCCUAAAAAGGAGAAAGUGGCAAUCAAACGGAUAAACCUGGAGAAAUGUCAAACCAGCAUGGACGAACUCCUGAAAGAAAUUCAAGCCAUGAGCCAGUGCCAUCACCCUAACAUUGUGUCUUACUAUACAUCUUUCGUGGUAAAAGAUGAGCUGUGGCUAGUCAUGAAGUUACUAAGUGGAGGUUCUGUUCUGGAUAUUAUUAAGUACAUUGUGGCAAAAGGAGAACACAAAAGUGGAGUCCUGGAUGAACCCACCAUUGCUACAAUACUCAAAGAAGUUCUGGAAGGGUUGGAGUACCUCCAUAAAAACGGACAGAUUCACAGAGAUGUGAAAGCUGGCAAUAUACUUCUUGGAGAAGAUGGCUCAGUGCAGAUUGCAGACUUUGGAGUUAGUGCUUUUUUAGCAACUGGUGGUGAUAUCACCCGGAAUAAAGUGAGAAAAACUUUUGUUGGCACCCCUUGCUGGAUGGCGCCUGAAGUCAUGGAACAGGUCCGAGGUUAUGAUUUCAAAGCUGACAUCUGGAGUUUUGGGAUCACAGCAAUUGAACUGGCCACAGGGGCAGCUCCUUAUCAUAAGUAUCCACCAAUGAAGGUUCUAAUGCUGACACUACAGAAUGACCCUCCUUCUUUAGAAACUGGCAUUCAAGAUAAAGAAAUGCUGAAAAAAUAUGGAAAAUCAUUUAGAAAAAUGAUUUCACUGUGCCUUCAAAAGGAUCCAGAGAAAAGACCAACGGCAGCUGAACUGUUAAGGCACAAAUUUUUUCAAAAAGCAAAGAAUAAAGAAUUUCUUCAAGAAAAAAUACUACAGAGAGCACCAACCAUUUCCGAAAGAGCCAAAAAGGUUCGGAGAGUACCUGGCUCCAGUGGCCGUCUUCAUAAGACAGAAGAUGGUGGCUGGGAGUGGAGUGACGAUGAACUUGAUGAAGAAAGUGAGGAAGGGAAAGCAGCAAUUUCACAACUCAGGUCGCCCCGAGUAAAAGAAUCUUUAUCAAAUUCUGAGCUGUUUCCAGCAACUGAUCCAGUGGGUACUUUACUUCAAGUUCCAGGACAGAUUUCUGCUCAUCUACCUCAGCCAGCCGGGCAGACCCCUGCACAGCCGACUCAAGUCUCUCUCCCCACCCCUGCAGUGCCAGCUCAGGCUGUGUCUUCAGGAGCAAGUUCACAAGAAACCAAGAUCCCAAUCAGUUUAGUACUAAGACUAAGGAACUCAAAAAAAGAACUAAAUGAUAUUCGAUUUGAAUUUACUCCUGGGAGAGAUACAGCGGAGGGCGUCUCUCAAGAACUCAUUUCUGCUGGCCUGGUUGAUGGAAGGGAUCUAGUAAUAGUGGCAGCUAAUUUGCAGAAAAUUGUGGAAGAACCUCAGUCAAAUCGAUCUGUCACUUUCAAACUGGCAUCUGGUGUUGAAGGUUCGGAUAUUCCUGACGAUGGUAAACUAAUAGGAUUUGCCCAGCUCAGCAUCAGCUAAACUAUAGUCUCGGAAGAGGCGGCCUAAAGGAGAUUCCACACACGCGUAUCUCUGUUGCUUCUGUUGACCUGAACCCACUACUGCCAAAGAACCCAGCAACAAACCUCCCAGCUAGAAGCUUUAGCGGUCUUUCUGUGUCUUUCCUGCCAUUGUUCCCCCUUUUCUCAAAAUUGGAUCACCAGUGGUCAGCGUCCCUUUAAAGAGUUCCGUUAGCAAACUUCCUGCACAUGUCUCUUUUCUUCCUCAAGUCUGAGAAGUGGUCCAUGUGCCUCGAGGCCCAGAAGGAAGAUCUGUCAGCUCAUCUUGCCUUACUCCAGUGAUGGCGCUGGGUGGAAAGUAGCAGCUCUCUUGGGCUUCCUCAUCCUACUGGUUCACCCACACCUGCCAGAACGUGGGCAUCUUGGAAUCUCUCUUUUCCACUGAAGUAGCAUCUAGAAGUUGACUGUUCCACUAGAGCCCAGAGAAUUUAAUUUAAGGGGUUGUCUUCUUUCCAUUUGAUUUUUAUUUGUUGUUUGACAUCUUACGUGAAUUCUAGCAACCUUUGUUAGAAAAAAGCACAGCCUCAGGUAGAGAGGCAGCCUACAACCAUGUUCUUCUUUCGUUCAUGACAUUUCUACAUGUUUUGCGGAAGCUGCUCUCAGGCACCCCUCUUCAUUGCUCCCUCCAGACAGGGUUGCUAGCCUUAACUUCAGCUGGUGCAAAACAUUUGACUGUAAUCAAACUUCAGCCAUCAGAUUCUUCAAAGUGGAACAUUGGACUGUUUGUUUUAGAGAAAACAUCAAGUAACUGUAAAAAGUCUCCCAAGAGACAGGUGGUUUUUGAACAGGAAAAAUCAUAACUCAGAUCAUUGUGGAAGUAUUUAUUUCAAAUCUUUUUAAAAAAUCAAAUUGAAGAGAAACUGUUCCUCGAUUCUCCCAUGAAAGCCAGUUUGCCUGACCUCCACGUCACGAGGAAACAAAUGCCAGGCUGAGGUUUCUACAGCAAUAAAGGAGACUCGUGCUGGGCCAGCCAGGCCUGCCUUCCUCCCCUGUCCUGCACUGACCCUUCGGAGGGGUCCACACUUCCACGCGCUGAACCUGACCCAAGACAGAAAGUGAAACCACACGUGCCGUGACCUUUCCGAUUUAUAAGCAGACAGUGUUCAUUUGAUUUUUCUACAGAAAUGAUGUAAAUUAUUCUUGAGGCACUCAAUGCAAUAUGUGAAUCAUCAGUGGGGUUGAUUCUUUUUUUUUUUUCUUCCUACUUUCUCACAACCAGAACUUGGUGUACCUGCAGACAGCUCUCACAGGUUUUGUUUGUGAAAGCAGUGCUCAGCCUGGACAUACAAAGAUGGGCUUUGGCCCCACUAAAAGAGAAGUCGUGUGGCUCUCACAGAAUCAUUUCAGUCCUUUUCAGCCUUACUGGUCUGUGACUAUUCAAGAGUUGUUCUUCCUAGAUCUUUUUUCCUUUAGAGCAUCUCUGAGAGCUUGUCCUGCAUCUGACUCACCACAUUUUUUCUGUUAGUUUCAUUCUGAGCCUGUAGCUUUGGUUGUGGGCUUCUCUUACCUGCCCUGGAUCCAGAGGCAUGUUAAGAAGGGAGUGAAUGUUAGAGAGGGGAUGAGUUUGGAGUGGGGAUUGAGAAGACUAGAUUAGGGGAUUGGACACCAAAGUCUAAGGUCCUAGCAGCAUGGGUAAAGAGAGGGAGUUUGCUGAGCGUAGAGAGUCAAGAGGAUGGAUCUGCUUGCUGGAAAAAUAACUCACUUUUUUCUUUUUGGUGGGGGAGGGGUGAGUGGGUGGUGAGACUAAGGUAGGAAAAGAGAUAUUGUCUCUGUCAGCCCAUGUUCGAGUCGUUUUUUUUUUUUUUUUCGGUUUCAGACAAACCCACCGUUAUCAGUUAUAAGUCCAGGGGUUGGCGGCAUCACUCCAGCUUUCUAUUUGGAGGUGGUCUGGCCCCUGGACUGGGGGUCAGCAGCAGUCUGUCCCCUGUUCAGCUUCUCCAGAUGACCAUGGAAGUGCAAUGGGACAGGCAUGACAUAGGAAUGGGCCGGCGCUUACUCUUGGCUUUAAGUUCACAUUUUGCCCUGCUGGGAAGUAGAGGAGUCAGUUGGUCAUCAAGUCCCAGGACAGUGUUAUUUCUUCUGCAUGAUGUGUGGUAGACUCCCUUUGCUGGCUUGCGCAGUGAUGCUGAGAAAACAAAUAGAAACUGCCCAUGUGGGAUAGCAUGUGCCCUUCUGAGCAACCUCUUGAGGGCGGUGGCUCAGGGUGCAACUCUGCCCCUGGGUUCCCAGGAAGCCCUGGUCCCUGGGAUAGGGACUAAUUUAGCACAAGGUAACAUGUGCCAAUGCUAUUUGUGAAGUGUAUGGUAUUUCUAAAUGACUAAUGGAUUUGUUUGGGGUAUUUUUUUUUUUUUGGCUUAAGUUUUGAACCAAAUCCUAGAGCCAGCUGAUACUAUUUAAUAAUCUGAAGGAUAGAAUAAUCGUGUAUCAAUAAAUGGAAGUUCUUCCUUAGGACUUAUGCUAGAUUAUGGAAGAUGUAAAAUAUUCGACUUUUAUCUCUUUGUUUUUUUUGGAAUUUGUAUUUUUCCUGCAUGUUUCCCUCAUUUUUAAUCAAUAAAGAGUAAAUUGUGAUGGUAUAA